AUGGCGGAACCAACUGACAAAUCCACUCCGCGCUUCCAAGGUUUCUAUGAGCCUCCGGCUCCUCCCGUUAUCUUGUCAUACUGCUACUUUGCUACUUUAGCAUUUGGAUAUGCUGCAAAUAUUAUGGUCUUCUGGUAUUUUACAGAACUCUGGCUUCUCGCACUCGGUCGAGGAGCCACCAAUGCGCAAAACGUUUCGGGGAGACAUACUCAGGAAGGCAGGAACCAGUUCUCAUUUCUAUACGGCGCGAAGCAGUUGGUGCACCGAACCGAUUCAUAA